UCCUGUCUGUGCGCACAGUCUACUCCAGACACCUAAACACUAGAAUAAGGCACCACAGCACACCAGGAUGUGGAAGAGAAAAGCAUGGAUGAUCAAACCUCCUAUUGACCAUCCCAUGGAGAUGAGGUACAGGCCUUUGCUCGAGAGCAUGGUACCUCCAGACCCAAUGAGCAAGCUGAAGUUGAAGAGGGGCUCUCCCAGAGAAGAGUUCCCCUGUCUAGAUGGGAAUUACACCUGUAUGGCCCAGGUCUUAGACCUGCAUAUGUACACCCGGCAGUUUAACCGUGCUACCGAGAGCGGGGUCAUCUUUGACGACAUUAUUCGUCCAGGUCUGGAAGACCCAGGAACCCGUGAAGGGCCCUUGGCAGUGGGUUGUUUAGCUGGAGACGCACAAUCCUACAUUCUGUUUUGCACCUUUUUCGACCGCGUUAUUGAAGCCUACCACAGCUACAAAGUUGUCCCUCACGUUAUUCAACAAAGUGACUUGAAUUAUGACAACCUGAAGGGAGGAGAUGACUUUGACCACAUAUAUGCAGUAAGUUGUGAGGUGAGUGUUGUCCGCUGUGUAGAGGACUACUGCUUCCCCACACAUAUUAGUAGAGGAGAACGAAGAGAGCUCCUCACAGUGGCCAAAGAAGCUCUGGCUCAACUUAGUGAGGAGUUCCCAGGAAAGCUUUACUCCAUGGAUGAGCUCAAUGAAGAGAUGAAGGAUAAAGGAAUUAUUAUGGAUGCCCCGCCUCCUUCGUUAAUGAAGUUCGGUGUGAGCCGUGAUUGGCCGGAUGCAAGAGCCCUGUGGGUGAGUGAGGAUGGGACUCUGGCCAUAUGGAUCAACAUGGAGGACCAUGUGCGACUGGUGUCUUCCAGAAACGAUGCCAACGUCCAGGAGGCCUUUGCCGCCGUCUGCGUCAAUUUAGUAAAGCUAGAGGCAUUGUACAAGAAGCUGAGGCGCCCGUUCGUCUGGAAGCCGCACCUGGGCUGGGUGGUGAGCUCACCUGCAGAGCUGGGCACGGGUAUGAAAGCCAGCAUCACGGUAAGGCUGCCGCACCUGGCUGCGCACAGCCGCCUGCGCGGCCUCCUGAGCAGACUACGACUGCGCAUGGAGGCAACAGACCCAGACGUGUACAAAUUAAGCAACGUAGAGAGCAUCGGACUCACAGAAGUGGAGCUGACCCAGCAGGUGGUGGAUGGGGUGAAGCUCCUUGUCAGAAUAGAGAAGCGACUGGAGCAGGACGACUGCUUCGACGACCUCCUUCCUGCGCAGAAGUAGAAGCGGCUAUGUCUGGAGCUGUUAUCAGGGAGAGACUCGGGUCGAGUAAGGAUGUCAGAAGUGUUGUGCUUUAGCGUUUCCUGUGAAUCCUGCAUGUUUGGGUGAACCCUGGAAGGCAUGCGGUAAAAGACAAAUCAACGUGACCUCAGAUAAAGACAUCAGACAAACAGACAGACAAUCUCGCUCAGAAACCUCUUUUCAAGUAAAGCUUUAAUGUGCACCAGAGAGACUGAAUCUUGACGACACGAGUCUUUUUUUUUUUUUUUUUUGAAAAAUGUCCAGUACUACGUUUGGGGGAAGGGGUAUGGGAUGUGUGUGUGUGUGUGUGUGUGUGUGUGUGUGUGUGUGUGUGAGAGAGAGAGAGAGAUGCCUGGAAACAGAAGUAGUGGGGGCAGAAAGGUUAUUUGCAUUUUAAAGAUGUGGUCUGCUUUCCCUCACACCACCUCUGAGGUGCGUCCAUUGCCAAGUCCGUUCAGGACACGUACCGCUACCACAUGGACCCAACGCUCUCCACGUGUCUGAUCACAGCUUAAACCUCCUAAAAGGUUUUGAAAAACACUGUUUUCUUAAAGGAGGAAACUAAACAAAAACGUUCUCCAGCUUUCCCUUGAGCAUGUGCAGUUGUGGACCUUUUUCCUGUCAGCAUUACAGUAACACGACACAAAGAGCAUUGCACACUUAACCCUCACCAUCUCAGUAGAAAAGACCAAGUACAAACCUUCCAGCACGAGUGAUCUUACGCACCAUCAUCAUCGUCAUCACCACUAAUUACAAAAGGAGCAAAAUUAAAAAGGUACAUCUUCAGAAGCAAAAACAUCACGUCCUACUUCAGAAACAAACAAACAUCACAUCCUACUUCCUUCCUGUACGGGCGACAUUCUGAGGAAGACCAGCACAUUAAAGGCAUCAAAGAGGAAAAUAAAUAAACCCAAUGAAAGUCCCAAAGAAAAGGUGACGCCAUUCCUCCAAUCCUGCUCUCUUAAACAUUCCCGAGCUCAUAACAUCCCACUGUUACACUAACACCACAGUUUAGUGAGUAGGUUUUCCUUUCUUGGGUGAAAGGAUGAGGGGGGAAAAAAAAGAAAAAAAA